UUAAAGAGCUCUUCCUUCUAAGGUUUCACAUCGCUGCUAGGGUUUUAGCGAUCGCCAUUUUCACACACACACAGAGGGAGAGCGAAAGAGAGAAACUAAGACAAGAUGAAGACCAUUCUGUCAUCAGAAACCAUGGAUAUCCCCGACGGCGUGAGCAUCAAGGUGAAGGCAAAGCAAAUCGAAGUAGAGGGACCAAGGGGCAAACUUGUCCGAAACUUCAAGCAUCUCAACCUCGAUUUUCAGCUGAUCAAGGACGAGGAAACUGGCAAGAAGAAGCUGAAGAUUGACGCUUGGUUUGGAUCCCGUAAGACUACUGCAGCUAUCCGUACUGCUCUUAGCCAUGUUGAGAAUCUCAUCACUGGUGUGACCAAAGGUUACCGCUACAAGAUGCGUUUCGUGUAUGCUCACUUUCCGAUCAAUGCCUCCAUCACCGGUGGUAACAAGUCCAUUGAGAUUCGUAACUUCCUUGGCGAGAAGAGGGUUAGGAAAGUGGACAUGCUUGAUGGGGUAACAGUUGUUCGAUCUGAGAAGGUUAAGGAUGAGCUUGUAUUGGAUGGAAAUGACAUUGAGCUCGUCUCUCGCUCUGCUGCCCUCAUCAAUCAAAAAUGCCAUGUGAAGAACAAGGAUAUCCGAAAGUUUCUUGACGGUAUCUAUGUCAGUGAGAAGGGCAGAAUUGCCGAAGAAGAAUGAGCGGGCUUAGAAGUAGGCAUAUCAGCGAUGAUUCGUAUCCAGAAUGUUUGUUUUACCUUCUCUAUUAAGUUCAUUAGUAGACUAUAUAUUACAGGCUUGUUUUAAGUUAAGUUUUCAAUUUCUUGUUUUGAAAUUUUGUUGACAAAGUGGUCUUUGUUUUUGUUUCAACUGUUGCAAACGUUUCAGUUCUCCUCUGUGAGUGAGAGUUGUUUGGUUCUAAAUUAAGGGCGUGAUUGCAAGUUGCGGCUAUGUUAUGUA